AUGUCCGACCUGCACCAUUCAUUCAUUCGUUUGCAGAUCGCAGUCGAUAUGACUGUCUGUUCAGUCUGCUUGGAAUGCAAACAGCCAAAUGACAUGGCAAAACUACCUUGUUCACAUAUGUUCUGUAAAGAUUGCAUAUCAAAAUGUUCAACGUCACAGCUUUGUCCUGCUCCUUGCUGCACUCAUGUACGUCAUGUAAACGUCGUCAUCGAUGAAGCGGAUGAGGGUGAUGAAGAGACACGAAAGAUAUCAUUUGGGCAGAAACUACCAUCGAUGCUACAACUCGAAGAACGACAACGAUGUGAUGGCAGGAAAGGCGCGUUUGCGUGCGUGAAUUCGGCACGCAUGACGUUGAUGGAUUGUCGCCAUCGUCUCUGCUUCGAUUGCCUAACAUCACGCAUUAACGUCGCCGUUGCAGCUCAUGAGCUCCCAUACUGUCCCAUAUUUCGAUGUGCUAAUCGACUCACUAAAAAUGAAAUUGCGAAAAUAUCUGAGCGCGCGCCACAUAUGCAUCAAAUCUGUGCCAAAUUGAUUGAAGAAAGUCCCGAUGAUGCACCUGAAGAACCACCAGGUAAAGAUGAAUGCAUGUUCUUCUGUUCUGUCUAUCAGUCAGAAAGUAGUAUGAAACCGAUAAUAUUUCCUUUGGCAUGUACAGUUCUUGACAUGAUCAGUGCCAUGAUACAGGUCCAAAGACUAACCAAAAAUCGUACCGCAAAUAAUAUCGGUGUUUACAUCAGAACGACAGUUACAGGCAAGCCAAAAUAUGAUCUGAUAGAUAUAAAAGCGAUGAUGAAGAAGAAAAUUGGUGAAACGGAUUUUCAUGAUCGCACCCAUUUCGUGCUGGACGUUGAUAAUGAACUCAAAACAGCGAAUCCUGCGAAUAAUAAAUAA